UCUGCGGGGAACUGGACACAAGCUUCUGCGCAGCUCGAGGAGUCAGCCGCCUGGUUCGCCGUCCCGCAGCUUUAGCCUUCUGCCAAGAAGCCUAGAGGCAGCCCUCUGAGCUUAACAAAUGGCGGCGCAGUGCAUGACAAAGGUGGAGCUGACUGUUGCCUGCACCAAUCUCUUGGAUAAAGAUGUUGGUUCCAAGUCAGACCCACUGUGUGUGCUUCUCCAGAACACGAGUGGUCAGCAGUGGUAUGAGGUUGCUCGCACAGAAAGAGUUAAGAAUUCCUUGAACCCAAAGUUUGCCAAGAAAUUCCUAAUUGAUUACUAUUUUGAGCUUGUUCAGAAGCUUAAAUUUGGAAUAUAUGACAUCGAUAACAAAACCUUUGAUCUGAAUGAUGAUGACUUCUUAGGAGAAGUUGAAUGUACACUGGGACAAAUAGUUUCUAGCAGGACUCUAACAAAACCAUUAGUACUUAAAAAUGGCAGACCUGCUGGAAGAGGAAGUAUUACGAUUACAGCAGAAGAAGUGAAGGAUAACAGGGUGGUUGUAUUGGAAGUAGAAGCAAGGAAACUGGACAAUAAGGAUUUUUUUGGAAAGUCGGAUCCUUAUCUGGAAUUCCACAAGCAGACUGGAGAUGGAAACUGGGUGAUGGUUCACAGAACAGAGGUUAUUAAAAACAACCUGAAUCCUGCUUGGAGGCCCUUCAAAAUCUCUCUCAAUUCUCUGUGUUACAGUGACAUGGAUAAGUCAAUCAAGGUUGAGUGCUAUGACUAUGAUAGUGAUGGGUCUCAUGAUCUCAUAGGAAGUUUUCUAACUACGAUGUCAAAACUGAAGGAAGCAUCUCGGUCCUCGCCUGUUGAAUUUGAGUGCAUCAAUGAAAAGAAAAGACAGAAGAAAAAAAGCUAUAAAAACUCUGGCAUUGUGAGCGUUAAGCGCUGUGAGAUCAUAGUAGAAUGCACAUUCCUUGAUUACAUCAUGGGUGGGUGUCAGCUGAAUUUCACAGUGGGGAUAGAUUUUACAGGCUCCAAUGGAGACCCUCGCUCUCCAGAUUCUUUGCAUUACCUUAGCCCUAAUGGAGUUAAUGAAUACCUAACAGCCAUUUGGUCUGUAGGAAUGGUCGUUCAGGAUUAUGAUACAGAUAAGAUGUUUCCAGCCUUUGGAUUUGGUGCACAAAUUCCUCCUUCCUUUCAGGUGUCACAUGAGUUCCCAUUAAAUUUUAACCCAUCAAACCCAUUCUGUAAUGGAAUCCAAGGCAUUGUUGAUGCAUAUCGGGCUUGUCUUCCUCAAGUGAGGUUAUAUGGGCCAACGAAUUUUUCUCCAAUUAUAAAUCAUGUGGCAAGAUUUGCUGCUGCAGCUACACAACAGCAAACAGCAUCUCAAUACUUUAUACUUCUGAUCAUAACGGAUGGUGUGAUAACAGACCUUGAUCAAACUCGAACUGCCAUAGUUAAUGCUUCGAAAUUGCCCAUGUCCAUUAUCAUUGUUGGUGUUGGAGGAGCAGACUUUGAUGCUAUGGAGUUUCUUGAUGGUGACAAUGGAGUUCUUAGAUCCUCAUCAGGAGAACCAGCUGUCAGAGACAUUGUCCAGUUCGUGCCAUUCAGGAAGUUCCACAAUUCUCCAAAAGAAGCUCUGGCGCAGUGUGUCCUGGCAGAAGUCCCUCAGCAAGUGGUGAACUACUUCAGCACCUACAAACUGCAGCCUCCUAAGAAUCCUGCUGCAAAGUGAAUGGGCUGAGCAGGGGAGCUGAACCUUUGUGCUUGCUUUACCUGCUCUAUCUACAGACUUUGGUUCUCAAGAUGCUUCUGUAUCCGUGCAUACACACACCUCUGUAUGGUAACGUCUGUUAGCUUUUGCCUGCAAAUCACUUUGCCAAGCGUGCCUUUUAAGGGCCAAAAUUAUAAUUGUGUUAAUAUUUGAUGUUGAUUUGAGAGGUAGGGCUUACAUGGGUGCAUUUUAUUUUGCAAAGUAAGAGCAGAAAAAAAAGAGGUGGAAUAUGCAGAAAGAAGGGGGAGAAUGGCUGGAAGUGGAAUGGCUGCCUGUUCAAUAAAUAUGGCCAGUGGGAGUGUUCAAUUACUUCUGUGGCACUGCGGACUGUAGUUUCUCAGUGAUCAUAAAACCCAUCUGAAAUGAAAAAGAGGGUAUAUCCCCACCAAGCAGAUACAAGUGUUUAUGUGCUUCAGCAAGUUCUGAAUCCUUGAGGCUUCUGUGUCUGUUAAACUACCGUAACAAAAUCUUGUCACAGGACUUUCAUAAUUAGACGAGUGCCAGAACAGAGUGUAAAGGCCCUCCUUGUGUGCCUACUUCACAUUUGCCACUUCAGUGCCUUUGGCCACUGCCUGGGAUUCAGGGCUGUGUGCGCAUGAGCCAAACAAGUAAUUAAAUUAUCUAUUCUUUUAUAUUAUGCAGUCUCUUAAGGAGGUAUAAUCCAGGAGUAACUAGAGUGAAUCAAGGUAAACCUCUAACAUCUAGGAAAAAUACGAUUGGCCUUUGAGGCUACUACUGUAAAGGCUGUAAGAACCAUUUCAGUGUGUACUGUGCUGGAAAACGGGAACUCCAGAUUUUAUUUUGCUUGCAGUUUUGUUUUAGGUUUGGGGUUUUCCAUGAAACAGUCAUGACUAUUGAUCUUUAAAGGGCUUUUUGUGAAGUGGGAAUUCGCUUUUCAGUUAAAGUUUUUGUCUGAUUUAUAACUGCAUAUUUUCAAGGAAAGGCAGUUCUUGAAAGUGCUACCUAAUUUAUAUAGGUUUUGUUAUAUUUUGGAUCAUGCUUCUUUUUCAUGAGCUCACUCAUGAAAAGUGCCUGCAAAAACCCCAAUCUUUCCUCCCAGUAGGAAGACAUAAGAAAGUCUCUUAAGUUCUAAUCCUGUAAUCAUACUGCGUUUCUCUAGGGCAAACAGUUUCUGGUUUAUUUUCUUGCCUUGAGUUCUCUCUUCACCAUUUACAUCAAGUGUAAAUCAUGCUGUGUUUGCUUAGUGGAAGUUUGAAGCUUUCUUGUCUCCCAGUUGCAUACUGCUUGCUGAGGAUCUUUUCUGAUCCCAUCAGUGGAUAUAAAGGUCUCAUCAUUUCCAAAAUGCCUAUCUUUAACAUGAAUUUUGCAACAUUAUUUUUGUUCUCCUCUCCAUUUUCCUUGGUGGAAAGGGGUCCUAAAUAGUUUCUGUAGUGGAAUACUAAAAAAGAUUUUUUUGUUUCAUACUAAGCCAAGCUCUUUUUUUUUUUUUUAAGUUUAAUUCAUUUGUUUAUAUAAAAAUUCUACAGUCAUGUCAUCUUUUUAUCAAUUUAGUGCAAAUGUGUUACUUCUUUAUACAUCAAUCGUAAUGAAGUAUCAUGCCAGAUACACAACACACAAUAUUAAGAUCAAGGAAGCAGUUAUAAUGAACCUAAAUCACACUGCCGCAAAUUGAUGAUGUAUGAUUUUGGAACAGUAAACUGUUUCACAGCUACAUGCUCCAUGUACAGAGAUAACGGGAUGCAGUGUUUGUGCCUUGUUGAGAUUCAUUGAUGUGGACGAGUACUGCUGAUAGGAGUACAGGAUACUACUAAAGUUCCUCCGAGCUCUCUGCCAAAAAUACAGUGCUGCAUCUGAGUUCUGUUACCUAUUCUAAGUUGCCAUGGAAGUGUAUUUAAGUAUGUUAAAAGCUAUUAUUAUAUUAACUAUAUUCUGCAUAUAAAAUAUAUAAACCCUUUUGUCUGUAUUCUGUACGUAAAUUCUGAGUGUCUACAGUAGAGAAUUCAUUAUGUCCUCAUCGGAAAAGUGCCCCCCAUAUUCCUCAAGC